CAUACAGAGACACCAGGGACAUAGAGAGGACUACAGACCGCCAUCAGGGACAUAGAGAGGACUACAGACCGCCAUCAGGGACAUAGAGAGGACUACAGACCGCCAUCAGGGACAUAGAGAGGACUACAGACCGCCAUCAGGGGCAUAGAGAGGACUACAGACCGCCAUCAGGGACAUAGAGAGGACUACAGACCGCCAUCAGGGACAUAGAGAGGACUACAGACUGCCAUCAGGGACAUCACAGACAGGAGCAAAGGGCAGCCUGGGGGAGACAGCUGGCAAAAAAGGCAAUGUCUAGAGAGAGCCAUGCUCCUUUAUCUCCCACUACUACUGAUGAUGGUGAAUGAGGGGUCUCCAACCUACCGCGCCCAUGAGAGCCCGCCGUGUAUAAUAUCGACCAAUAUGGCGGCACACUGUCAGAACAAGUCUUUUCAAGAGAUUCCGCUGGGACUUCCGGCUGGCAUUAAUGUUCUCUAUAUGUCGAAGAACGACCUACGAAACCUCACAAAGACUCAGUUGAGUGUGUAUUCCUUCAUAGAAAUUCUGGAUCUGAGCAGCAACAAAAUACACUAUAUCCAGCCUGAUACCUUUGCGGACAUGGUCUAUCUGAAAGAAAUCAAUCUGGCUGACAACUAUUUGGACAGAUUUGUGAGCUAUCAGUCACCGGGCAUAGGUCUCCUACCUAUCGUCCAAAAGUUGGACCUGUCGAGGAAUAGCUUGUAUACAGAUAUGAUCGGAUACUUUCUAGAACACGCUCCUCAUCUCCGCUACCUUUCUCUGUCAGGAAACAGCAUCACCAUGAUCUCUCCAGAAAUGUUUUUGGGUACUCCGCUCUUAGAAGAACUCGAUCUUCACAAUAACAUCAUCAUGGACAUAGAGGAAGGUUCUUUCGAGCACCUCAUUCAUCUCAAAAAAAUGAAUCUCGCCUUGAAUUCCGUCACCUGCAUAUCCCAAUUCAACCUCCCCCAACUCCGAAGUCUAAAUCUCAGUAAAAACAGUCUACAGUCCUUCUACACAUCCGAAUCCGAUGAAGAAUAUCAGCUACGAGACGUUGACCUCAGUGACAACAAACUGGUACGUUUUCCGGUAUUCCCAAAUGCCAACCACAUUGUUUUCUUGAACCUUUCCAUGAACUUUAUCCGGUGCGACGAAGAGACAUCUCCGAAGGAAUACAGUUGGUUAGAAGAAGAUGGUGGAAGGAAUGCAAGUAUGGUUGACCUACUAAAACUUACCCAUCUAGACUUGAGCUACAAUAACAUCCAGUCCAUCGCUGAAGACUUCUUCACCACCAUGCCCAUGCUGAAAUUUGUCAAUCUGAGCAGAAAUUGUCUUCAGUGUUUUCAAUUUGGAGACAAAGUUAGACUGAACUCCUUGGAGGAACUGGAUCUGAGUGAGAAUUCCCUCCAGAACAUGUCCCUGGGUUCCGGCUCAUUGACAUCCUUACAAGUUCUUCACUUACAAAAUAACCAACUUCAGGUGGUCAAGUCAAGGAGCUUCCAAAAUCUCCCCAGUAUUGCCACCAUUAACCUUCAAAACAAUAAUGUUGACUUAUGUGGCAUGGACUUGGGAGAAGUAAGCUUCCAAGGGCCCUAUGGGUGUUCAUUCUUCUAUCACAUCCCGACUUUACAAUAUUUGAACCUUCGACAGAACACGUUGGGAAUGUUACCACAAUACGCGUUUUAUGGCACGCCCUUGGCUUUUCUUGACAUCUCCAUGAACCUUGGCCUUACCAUUAACCCAAAUGCCUUGAAGGGAUUGGAAGGUUCUCUUGAAGUUCUACAUGUUGAAGAUAAUUCUCUCGUUCAGCUGAAUGUUGACUUGCCUUGUCUAGUCCAACUUAAGUAUCUGAACCUCUCUGGAAACCAAUUGACGUGGCUACCUCCUUGGAACAAAAAUUGUCAUUUGGAGACACUCGACUUGAGUAACAACAGCUUCAGCAAUCUCAAGGAUAGCAAUAUCCCUGUCUUGGAAAACACUUUAAAGACCCUUUCCUUGUAUGGAAACCCCCUCAGCUGCUGCGAAAACUCUUGGAUCACCCAUAUGGUCAGAAGGAACAUGGCAAGCAUCGUAGGUCUAGAUGCCACCAUGUGUCAUAACUCUAAUGGUGAAAGAGUAGAGAUCCUCCUGGGCCAGAAUGAUUUCCAUAACUGUGAAGAAGAGGACAUGAAGGACAUGAACAUAGUUAUCAUUAUAACCAUAGCUCUGGUCUUACUGUUUACCGCCAUAGGUCUUGGAUUUUUAGGAUUUUACUGCAAGCAAAGAGUUAACCAGCAAUUUAAAGCUUAAUAUGAAGGAUCUGCUGCUUAGGGUCCUCGAUGAGAACAUGUCAAAAGUACUUUACGGCAGACGCUUGACCUUAAAGGGGUACUCCAUUGCUAGACAUAGGGGAUAAGGUGUCUGAUUGCGGGGUCUCAGCGUCCGGUUAUGUUCAGGACGCUGGAUUCGGGAGGCCUUGGUCGUGAUGUCACGUCACACCACACCCCUUCCAUUCAUGUCUAUGGGAGGGGGCGUGAUAGAUGUCACGCCGCCCCCUCCCAUAGACAUGAAUGGAGGGGGCAUGGUAUGAUGUCACGAUGGGGCGUAACAUCACCACCAUGGCCUCCAGAACCCAGCGGUCUGAACAUAAUGUUCAGAACACCGGGUGUCUGCAUGGAGAUCACGGGGGAUUCCAGCAGCCGGACCCCGCAAUCAGACAUCUUAUCCCCUAUACUUCGCAUAGGGGAUAAGAUGUCUAGCAACGAAGUACCCCUUUAUGUUUCAUCUCCAUCAUUGUAAAUCAACUGACUUUAUUCGAGAUCUCUCCAAAAAAUUUUAAGAAAUGAUGAAUGUAUUAUUGUCACCAUUGUUGGUGAUGGUCUCUGUACAGUAAUGAUGAACUGUUUUGCAUUGCUGCGGGAACAUAUGUUUUUUUCUU